AUAACAGUGAUAAAAAAUGCUUUGAGAUGCUGAACGGUACAGCGGACACUGGAGCCGUGUCGCUCCAAUCAUCACCAGUGAAAGUCUCGCCAUCAUCCGUGAAGGCAUCUCCUAGUCCAGUAAAGGCGUCACCGAGCCCCGUAAGGGCACCAUCAUCACCCCUAAAGUCCUCUUUAUCCCCAAGUGGGAGACAGAGGUCACCCAGAAAAUGCCAAUUUGCUGCGCCCGCUGAUGACUCAAAGGAUAAGUGCGGGACAUCAUGGCUCUGUCGUAGAGGUGCCGGAGUGGAUGGCAACGCUAGUGUGGAAGCACCAGGGCCGAGUGCACCCUUGCAACAGGCUUGCGAGGAGACUGCCCCACCACCAAAGAACUGCUUCCGACUAGUAAUGUUGGGGUCAGCACGAGUCGGGAAGACGUCCCUUGUGGCCCGUUUCUUGGGGAACAAGUUCGAGGAUAGCUACACACCCACUAUCGAGGACUUUCAUCGCAAAUUGUAUAGAAUUCGAGGUGAAGUCUACCAACUGGACUUAUUGGACACCUCGGGAAAUCACCCAUUCCCUGCGAUGCGGCGACUUUCCUUCUUGACUGGCGAUUUAUUCGUACUAGUAUUCGGUAUGGACUGUCGAGAAUCUUUCGAGGAGGUGAUACGGUUACGUGAGCAAAUCCUAGAGACCAAGGCUAGUGCGAGCAGCGGCAACUGUCGUGGACGUAGGCAAGCUCCGAGGGUACCUAUGGCCAUCGCAGGCAACAAAUGUGACAGGGAACUCAGAACAGUGCAAGCGGAGGAAGCGACCGCCUACUGUGCAACUCAAGACUCCGCCUGCGUUUUCAUGGAAACUUCGGCGAAGAAAAACUUUCACGUUGACGACUUAUUCUAUGAACUCUUCGUAGUUGCUAACUUACCUUUAGAAAUGGCUCCUAAUCAUCAUAAAAGAGUGAACGCCGCAUUCGGGAGCCCCUGUACAUUACCCCCCACCAGUAGCCAAAGUAGUAGAAGUAAGAAAUGUACUCUAUCUAUUAAAAGAAGACUGUCAGAUGCGUGCGGAGUAGUUGCCCCUAAUGUAAGACGGCCGAGUAUUAGAACAGAUCUGAUGAUAAUGAGAACGAAGACGUGUGCCAAAGGCGAGGGAGACGGAGUCGGUGGCAGCCCCAAGCUCAAUUUGAAUCGUCUUGUAAGGUCUAACGCACAAACUGACAAAAGAUCGUGUAUUAUCCAGUAA